AUGGACGUACAGAAGAAGCUCGCUCAGCAAUUUGACAUCUCGAAAUCAAUAGACCAAGUUAGCGUUGAAAAGUCUAGCGAAGCUAUGUUAAGGAGAAGAAGAAUGGCUGACCACAUUACACUACUUUUCUUGUCGAUCGCAACAUCCUUCGCAUGCAGCAACUCACAUCGUACGACGCUGGGCAUUGAUGAGAAAAUAUCAACUUCAGAACAAUCUGAUCCGUCCCAUCAACCUACAGCAAUAAUACUCCAGUUUUCAUUCGUGGGUAUAACAGGUAUAGCAGAAGUAUUUUUGUAUACUUGGCCAGCAGAACAUUUGAUGUAUAUGAGUAAAGACGUCGCACAAACAGCGUUUUAUAUGCUCAAAGACAUUCAUUUAAUUGAAGUAUGGAAAUGUUUGCAAAUUAUUAUAAUGAGAAGUCAAAAACCAAUAAUAGUGUCAAUACCUUGCUUUCUGCCCGAAUUAUCUCUCAGUUACUUUACAUCGUAUCUUUCAACUAUACUCUCUUAUUUUACAACCUUGCGAGUAAUGAUGGACGAUGAUAAUAAUAAUUAAAUAUAAAC